AUGGGUGGCUCAAGACUUUUUGUUUCUGCUCUUUUUGCAGAUAAAAACUCAGGGAAACUGGGAUGCUGUGGUUGGCUGUUGGUUUUCAUAUCCAUCAUCUUUGUAAUAGUAACCUUUCCACUCACAAUAUUUAUGUGUGUCAAGAUAGUGAAGGAGUAUGAGCGAGCUGUCAUCUUUAGACUCGGCCGGAUCACAGACAGAAAAGCUAAAGGGCCAGGACUUUUCCUAAUAUUACCCUGCACCGAUAACUUUGUGAAAGUAGAUCUGAGAACUGUGUCCUUUGAUAUCCCUCCUCAAGAGAUCCUAACGAAAGACUCUGUGACAGUGUCUGUGGACGGUGUGGUUUACUUCCGCGUAUACUGCCCCAUUUCAGCAGUGGCCAAUGUGACCAAUGCGCACUCAUCUACUCGACUGCUUGCUCAAACCACUCUGAGGAAUGUCCUUGGUACCAAAAACCUUGCAGAACUUCUAUCUGACAGAGAGGGCAUUUCACUCAGUAUGCAAGAAGCCCUGGAUGAAGCCACUCAUCCAUGGGGUAUCAAAGUGGAGCGUGUAGAAAUCAAAGAUGUGAAGUUGCCUCAUCAGCUGCAGCGAGCCAUGGCAGCAGAGGCUGAAGCCAGCCGGGAGGCCAGGGCCAAGAUCAUUGCUGCAGAGGGGGAGAUGAAUGCUUCCAGGGCUCUGAAAGAAGCCUCUCUGGUAAUGGCUGACUCACCCUCAGCUCUCCAGCUAAGAUACCUUCAGACUCUCAACACCAUCGCAGCAGAGAAGAACUCCACCAUCAUCUUCCCUCUGCCAAUAGAUAUAAUACAACAUUUCAUGCAUUGGAAGGCAUGAAUCUCAUGUCAACCAAGUUGCAUAUAAUUCAAAUCAAGUCAGAUUGUCGCAGAUUUGUUUUGUUUUUUUGCAAUAUCACCAUGUUUACAUUUAGAAAGCUCCAGUGAGAGCUUUUUUUUUUUUUUUUUAAUGCAGGCCUAAUGUGG